GGAGGCGUGGUUACAUAAUUUUAAAGUGGACAAGAAAGUAAACUUUCAAAAUAGAUAAAAUGUGAAAAUAAUCUUUACAUUUUUGGCAAAUUCUCUAACUUAACGACAUUAUAACACAGCCAAGAUGUCUUUAAAGGAAGCAGUCGGAAAGCGUGAGUAUUCUAUACGUAUUUAGAGUGAUUUUUCCACGUAGAAACCUCAUUUUGCUCACAUUUUUAUGCAGCUAUUUAAUAUUCUGUACAAAAAAGGUUUUGUUUAUAUUGUGUUAGGUAUUAUGGAGGAGGUUAUUAAACCUUUACAUGCACCCAAGAAAUGGAAGGUGUGUUGUUUUUAUUGAUUUGUGUUAAAGAAAUAAUGUUUAUUAUUUAUGAAAUUAAUGGAUAUAAGAAUCCAUAUUUUGACGUAUUUGAUAAUAUCUGUGAUAAUAUGUUUUACAUUGAAUUUGCAUGUAAUUGAGUGCCCAAUGACUUUCAGUGUUAAAGAUGUUAAAUGUUUUUAAAUGUCAGCAUACUGUGCUAUGUAGUUGCACAAUUUUAUUAGGUGUAUUUAGAAAAUAUCCGCCUAAACGUAUAAGUUUAAUAUUAAACAGAUAAAUACAGUAUGCUAUCUCAUAUAUAUCAAUAUCAGAUAUUUGUGCUGGUCAAUAUCAAAUGAUAAACUUGACCCCUCCUUGUCAGAGGUUUCUGAUGAUCUUGGUUAAUGCCAAAUAUUAGUAUGUACAUACUUAUAAAACAUUAGAAGCCAUCACAUAUAACAUGAUUUGUAUUAUUUACUAGUUGAGUCGGGUUAUUUUAAUGCACCGCAGGAUUUAUACAGGUUACUGUAUAACCUGUGAAUAAAUAAUUAGAUCAAACUUGCUGACAGGACACAAAAAAUCCUGAUUGAUAGUCUUCGAAAAUUGUUGAAAACUUGUUCGAAAACCUCCUCAACUAGUAAAUUAUAAACCUCGAACUUGGGAUAUGAAUCAAUACAGUAUAUGACUUAAAUAUAUCCCACAUUCUCAAUGAAUCCCAUAUAUCAGGGUUCAUACUAAACUUGAAAGUCCUUGAAUGUCCUUGAAUUUGUAAAGAAAUACUCAAAAGUCCUUAAAUUUUCUUGCUUUAGUUUUUGGAUAUUUUCUGAUUAUUUGUUGAAUUGAUUUUGCACGUUCAUAUCUGACAAAGCUGUUUUAAAGUUUAAACUCAUUAAAGUAGCGUUUUGAACAAUUCAAAGUCAGGUUUUACUGAUUUCCAAACCCUUUUCAGUAUUUAGUCCCUGAAUUAAUUUGCCGGUACAUGGCCUUGAAAAGUGCUUGAGUUUGAAUCUUCCUCGCAUAUACGAACCCUGUUAUAAACUAACAGAAUAAAUAACUCAAACUAAAAUAACUCAAACCUUAACAUUUGGAAUUAUCUCUAGGUUUUAAUCCUGGAUCAUUUGAGUCUGAGGAUUGUUUCAUCCUGUUGUAAAAUGAAUGCAAUUAUGAGUGAAGGAAUCACCAGUAAGAUCCUACUGUACUUCUUACUAAGGCUUAAAGAAAAAUACCUGUGGUUCCGGUUCCCAACCGACCCUAUUUUUUUCUGCCGACCCUAUUAUUUUUUGACCGUGUGACCCUAUUUUCUCCUUGUAGUUGCGGGCUGCUGCCAAAAUGGCGUCUGUUGUCACACUAAUUAUCAAAAAAACCAUGAAAAAAAUAUUCAAAAAAAAAUUAUUUCCGACCUACCGACCCUAAUUUUUUUGCGACAUGAAACCAGAACCGCAGGUUGUUUUUUUAUUACAAUGCAUGUGAGUUUCACCUUUGCAAUCAGAGUUCAAUUCCUGCAGUAUGUGUAGGGAAGUAGCAACGGUCUACUUUGUUGUUGAAGGGGUGAAGGGUCAAAUUACCUGAUUUUUUGAAUGGGUGAUUCCAGCUACAGAAUAAAUUUUGAUCUAGGCAAGAAGAAUGAAAUCCAACACCACAGCUAGAACACGCGUAUUAGAAUGAGUAAAACUGCAAAGAUUGGUUGCUAAAUGUUGUAAAAUGAAGAAAAUAUAGCCCUGUAAAAAAAAGAGGUCGCCAAAAUAAUUUUUCUUGAAAAAAUUUUUUGGUACUAGUCGGGCAGAAUCCCGAAAAGUCGGGCAAUUUUCUUUCCGCCCCCCUAAUUUUUUCCUUCCGGUACGCCCAUGUAUACAAAAUUUGUGAACUUCACAGGGCAGCACUAUUUUCCUCAUUUUACAACAAUUUGCAACCAUACUUUGCAAUUGUCUAGAUCAAAAUUUCGUCUAUACCUAGCCGGAGUCAUCCAUUACUGAACAGUAUGUACUAUGUUACGGUUGUUAUCUAAAUUAGCAGUGUUUGAAAUUUAGUGUGAUUUUUUCAUGAGUACACACAUUCAAGUAGCAUGUGUUUUUUUUAUUAAAGAAUAUAUUAGACUAAGCAUAAUAGAUAUGGGGCUAGAUCCACAAAGGAAGGUUAGGGGAAUAUGCUCCCUUGAGCAAAUUUAGAAUAUUUAGACCCUCAGAAAGACUAGCAAUGCACAGGGUUCGUACACCCCCUUGAAAUCCUGGAAAACCCUGGAUUUUUAUUUUAGUCCUGAAAAACCCUUGAAAACCCUGGAAUUUCAAAUUUAUCCCUGGAAAACUGAGCUGGGUAUAGGAUUAUACCUAUACUAUUUUUAAAACACUUUUUAAAAAGAAAGAUUGAACAAAAGUUUCUUCCAUUAUAUAUAGUCGCAGCAUUUCUUGGGCAUAUGGCGCGACCUUUCGUUCAAACUGGCACAAACCCAAAAAGUAUCUCUGCAAGAUGAAGUACUAGCCGUCGCAAACGUUUCUUAUCCGUUAAACACUUAUAGAUAUAGAUCCGUUAAACACUUAUAGACUGGAAAAAGGAUGAAAAAAGUUUUGGAAAACCCUGGAUGUUUUAAAUUCUGAAGGUGUACGAACCCUGAAUGCAACUAAAAUUUUGCAUUAUCAGCUUGACAUUCACUUUUAACUUCUAUGUUUACCUGUCAAUGCUCUUGCAAUUUACCUAAAAAUCAGCCAUGUAACCUCUAAAUUGAAAUUACUCAUGAACAAAUAUUUGGGGGGGGGGGGUACGCCCAAUACACACACCCAGUUGCUUUGACUCCACCAAACACCACAGGUUUUAUAUAAAUGUAUUACAAUUAAAACUAUGUAUUUAUCUAGUUGUUGAAGGUCUUGAGAAACGCAGAGAACCUCUGCCUACGCUUGAAGCUAUUUAUAUUAUGACACCAACGGCAGAGGUAUUUCCAUAAAUUGCUUGGGUGAAUUUAGGAGUGUGAUACACGUGGGAAUUGGCUUAAAUGUUUGCAUCAGCCUUCUUGUGUGCAGUCGGUACUUAGCUCAUUGUAGGAAGGUAAUAAUCUUAACCACGCUUCAAACGUUUUUUUUCCUAGUCCAUUGAAUUCCUUCUGAAUGACUUCAGGGAAGAUGAACCAAUAAAAUACCCUGCGGCACAUGUGUUCUUUACCGAAGGUGGGUGGAAAUACUAUAUUCAGCUCUUGCAAGUGACAUAUAUCAUUUGACAUAAUUAUUUGAUGUCUGCCAUUUUGGGUGGCAAAUGUUUAGAGCUAAAUAAAAACAUACACAAUGCUCAUCCAGUAGACUUGCCACAAGCCGAUUUCUUUUGUAAUUCACAGUAAAAAUGGGAGAAACAAAGGGGGAGGGGAACACACAUUGAAAAGCAGGCGUUUUCUCCUCCCCUAACCCCCCUUUUUUCUGCCUCGCAAACACUCCCUGGCCAAAACUACACUCCCAAGAAAAACGGACUUUGACACAAUUUCACAAGUGUACUUUGGUAGAGAUCCAGUUUAUCGCUUUUAUUGACCUUUUCACAAAUUCAGAAAGGAUAUGCCCCCUUUGUUGUCCAUUAUUUUGAUUACUUUUUAUAAAAUAAUAUACAUGUUGCCAAUUUUAGUACAAUGUUUCCUGUCAGAAUUUCCCCCCUAACUGGGCCUCAACUAAAUUAGUAUAAGUGAAAGCUGCCUAUUAUGAAGAUGAUUCAUUUCUAAUGAUUUGUAUUUUAUUUUUUAGUUUGCAGUGAAGAGCUCUUUAGCAAGCUAGCAAAUACUUUUGCCUCAAAAUGUAAGUCAGAGGAGUACAGUAUUGGCAUGUAAUGUAAAUUUUAUAAAGUUUCGUUGUUAAAUAUAUUGGUUUGUAAAUUAUUUUUACUUUUUUCUAUCCUCUAGUUAUAAAAACCUUGAAAGAAAUCAAUAUAGCUUUUAUCCCAUACGAGUCUCAGGUAAAUUAAUAAAUUAGGGCAUGCCGCAUGGCCGAAUUUUGAGGAGAGGUGCGCAUCUCCCCUGAGAUCAUAUUGCACCUCCCCUGAGAAUUUUUGCACCUCCCUUGAAAAGUCAUGCACCUCCCGUUGGGAAAGUUUCAAUGAUAGAUCAAAGUGAAAAUUUGACAUUUUUUGGUUGCUUACGUACGGUCUACACUUUGUAAGAAACUUUUUCUGUAAAAUUGAAACAGUGGUAGUUUUAAAUCAUCUCUGUGUCAAGUACCCUUUAAUGCAAUGUUUUGAAAGAAACUUUGCAGUAAUUGUAAUGAAGGGCAAAAUUGAAUGAGUAACAUGAGUUGUACAGUCACAAUUCAUUAAUACACUGAUAUACAGGGUGCGAUAAUUCAAUAUUUUUAGCCGUACCUGACUGGUACUCCGACAAGUUUUGCCGCGUACCUGAUCUGGUACAAACUUAAGAGUCAAGACGUACCUAAAGCCCCGUUUACACUACGCUCAAUUUUUGGUACGGCACGGAUAAAAUUGGUACCCGUACCACUUUUUUGGUUCUUGGACUACCUAUUUAGCGGUACAAACUUAAGAGUCAAGACGUACCUAAAGCCCCGUUUACACUACGCUCAAUUUUUGGUACCGUACCACUUUUUUGGUUCUUGGACUACCUAUUUAGCUAAGCCCCGUUUACACUACGCUCAAUUUCGUUUAGUCCAAGAACCAAAAAAGUGAUACGGGUACCAAUUUUAUCCGUGCCGUACCAAACAUUGAGCGUAGUGUAAACGGGGCAUGCGUUUUCAUACCUACGUAUAGUUUACUGGUCCAAAAGCAAAAAAUGUAAUGGUAUUUUAUUACAACAGUACAUAAUAUAACAGUUUUCAAAGUGUCGACGUUGUGACUCGAAUGCCAUCGCUCAUUUACAGCGGAUUUACCAAGGGUGCUAACAGUCUAACCUCAGCUACAUACAGUGUAGUUUUCCUCAUUGGGCCUAAAAAAAGCCUGUGGUUCCGGUUUCAUAUCGCGAAAAAAUUAGGUUAGGUAUAGGUAGAUAUUUUUUUCAUGGUUUUGGCAGUUUUUUGCUGGGCGAUUUUCAGUAGAGUCCCAACAUCAAUAUUAACUAGAAAUGCGUAGUUCCUACAGACGAAUUUAGGCAAUUUGGUUCAAUAAUUACGACAACAGACGAUGUUUUGGCACGCUGUACGAGCAGCCCGCAACCACCCGGAGAAAUUAGGGUCCUAAUGGGGUCCACGGGCAGAAAAAAAUAUGGUCGGUCGGGAAACCGGAACCACAGGUAUUUUUUUUAUUGGCCUUGGUAUAGCAUUGGCAAUUAAGCCCAGGUCACCCCACACAACGGUAACGAUAACUUUUAAAAAAAUUAUGUUGGUGUCCACACUACAACGAAAAUGAUAAAAUUGUCGGCGUUUCACGAUAACGAUUUUAAAAUCGCUCACACGAGAGAUUUUUUUUUUCAGUCGGGCGAUGACGAUAAAUUUUCUUUUGGCUUCUUUCAUACCAAAGUAUGUCGGAUGCGUGGAAUUUAAAUGUACAGCUAAAGUUACUGACGGUUUUGAAUACUUAUGUUUGCUAGUUAUUGCUAGAAGGAAAAUGUAAGUACGCGAAUGGCAAAUUUCCGCGUACCUACGUGGUACUUGCCUAAAAACAAAGAAGUACCAGCCCAUAAAUUUGGCGUACCUCCGGUACGUUGGUACGCGAAUUAUCGCACCCUGUGAUAUACAUGUACACUACAUGCAUACGUCACAUCAUUGACUUUGGCCCGUUCUAAGCCCUAACUUUCCAUGGGGGUCGUGAGGUGAACCACUGCACCUCCCCUAAAUUAUUUUCCACCUCCCCCACUAUUUCCACCAAAAUCCAGCCUUGAAUUAGGGCAUGUCAGGGCACAAUGCAGCUUAAUGAGUUAAGCGACCUGCUGCCAAAAUGCAACCAAGCUCUAAAAUAUUGAUGGCAAUUUUUUGCCAGCAAGAAUUUAUCAAAAUUUCCUGACUGACUGCCACAUCUAUGGCCCAGACUUAUAUAUGUUUUGGGUUUACCAUAGGUUUUCUCUCUCGAUACUCCCCAAGUUGUCAACACGUUUUACUUGGAGUCUGAGCAACAUGUCGUUGAUAUUGAGGUAGGGAAAUUAUUCCAUAUAAAUGAAGUUUGCUUUGGUGGAGUCGAAUUGUAUUAAUGUAGGUUUUAUGGCCAUCUGAUGGUAAAUUAAAUCUAUUUCUUUAUAUUCUCAACAGAAAGUUGCAGAACAGUUGGCUACACUAUGUUCGACACUGGGAGAAUAUCCUUCAAUCCGUUUCAGAGCGUGAGUAUUCUGAGCAUUUCAGAUCAAGAAAUCACUUGUCAGUAUUUGAUACUCCACUGUAUAUGUUUACUUUUGGAUGACCAGGUUUCCAGUUUGCUCAAGAUCUCAAAGUGUUUUUAAUCAUUUUCCGAUAGUUCACAAACAGACAAGCUUAUUUUAGAAUACCAUAUAUAGUAUGUACAAUAGUAGCCACAUGUUUGCAAGUUUCAUUACAUUAGGAUUACUGUAAUCUGCAUAUAUUUCUCUUUCUAGUACGUGUCCUGGUUUAGGAGAGUUGGCACAUGCUUUGCAGAACAAGUUGACAGCAUACAAAGCGGAUGAUCCUUCAAUGGGAGAGGUACAGUAAUUCACUUUGUACAGUUAUUGUUAAACAAAUUAAUUUGCAUUAUGUGUAAAUAUCCACAAAACUGCUUUGGAUGCUCUACAGUACUUACUCAUAGACUUAUUGCUUCUGUUCUAGGGCUCUCAGAAACAUCGUUCACAAUUUCUGCUUCUUGAUAGGUAAUGCAUACAUACUCUACAAUCCAUUUUACCAUAUGUGGGAAUGCAUCUUAAGUAAUGUACUUUUUCUGUUAUUCUAUCUAAUUGCCAGACUAUGAUAUUUUUCAGAGGAUUUGAUCCAAUCGCACCAUUGCUUCAUGAGCUAACAUUUCAGGUAUAGCUUUAACACUUAUUGCUCAAGGAAUACUUUUGUACCAUUUAUGCCCAUACAGCACAUUAUCAUAACAGUGGUACCAUGAUAAUGGUACCACUACCAUACUAGGCAUAUUACCAUGCCUGCAAGUAUAUCUGGAAGUGCCAAUUAGGUCACAACAGCCAUAUAAACAUGGGAUUACAGUAAGUCAGGUAUGUUACUUGACUGUUUUCAUUUUAAAAUUUCAGGCAAUGGCUUAUGAUCUUCUGGACAUAAAAAAUGAUGUUUACACGUACGUUUUUGUCUGCUAAAAACUAAUACAGUUUUUAGUGACAGUUUUUAGUGACUUUUCAUUCUGAUGUAUUAAAUCAAUUGCUUCAUAUUUCACUUUCUUAGUUUCAUGUCUGGUGAUGAUGAAAAGUCUGUUGUUCUUGAUGGUAAGGCAUUUCAGGAGAAACUAAUAAAAGUAAACUUAACAAACUUUAUAAGGGCGUCAGGGCUGUCCCUAAUCUAUAAUAAGAAAAAAAUUGAGGGUGUUUUGAUUUAUGAAAUUCUGGAGAGUGCUUGACUGCUUGAGAUAUAUAGAGCAAUUAUAUGAUUGACAUCCAAUAUGAUUCCUGAUGAUUCCUUUAAUGGAAGAAACAGGCUGUAGUGACAAAACCUUGAGAUAGACAAAACGAUAAUAGAAAUAAUAUAUAUUUUAAUUUUUUGAAUAUCCUUUUCAGAAUCGGAUCACCUCUGGUUAGAAUUGCGACACAAACACAUUGCGGAUGUUUCCAAGUAAGUUUCACUCAACAGACAGUGCCUUAACCAAUAAUGAUGUAUUAACCCUCAACAAAUAAAAUUGUAUGCCACAUUGCCACUUAAAGGAUUAAUAUAUUCUCUUGUUCUCACUUUUUCAGAAUAGUUCCAGAAAACAUAAAGUCAUUUGCAAAUUCUAACAAGCUCAGCAAAGGGGGAGACAAGGUGCGUUUUGGUUAUCUCAUCCGAUUGUGUGCUUUAGAAGAAAUUCAUUGUUUUUGUGUUAGCCUUAAUUUAUGAAUCGAAAAUUUCAACUGUGUAUUUCUCCUUUAGACUGACAUGAGAGAUUUGAAACAAUUGCUGAAAAGGUUACCACAAUAUCAGAAGGAAUUGAGCGGAGUAAGGAAACUAUGAUGAUGAUUAUAAUUUCAGGAUGCCUUCACUCAGGUUACAGUAAUUCAUAUGUACUGUACAUACACACUAAGAGAUUGUUUGUUGUUUUUGUCAGCUCAACGUGCAUUUCAUGUUGACAGAGGAAUGUAUGAAGAAAUACAGUCAGACUGCUGAAAAAAUAUGUCCUGUUGAACAGGUAUUACAAAAUCACUUUGCUAAUACUAUGCUCUCUCUAUCUACAUAAUCACAACAAUCCGACAUUCACAUUCAAUUAGAAUUCUAAAGAUUCGCUCUGCUUUAUCAUAAAAAUUUAUAUAAAAAACCUUUCGUAUUACAGUUGGAUCUUUUGGACAUUGAAGCUACAUAGCAUAGUGUCAGCAUUAGGGCUCUUUUCCACUGAUCUCAACAGUCAACUCGGAAUUACACUGCUGGUACUUCACAGCAUCUAAUCAAAACAAACUGUUGAACAUUGUGAUUGAAUGAAAGCACUCGCAGCGUGCUUUGGCAGUUGACUCUUGUGAUGAAUGGAACAGAAGCUUGAGAAAUGUGUCCAUUUUAUACAAGUUAUCACAAUGACGUCACUUUGAAAACUCCACAGUCCAUUCAAGCCUGUUUUCUUCUUUAGGAUAUGGCAACUGGCCUUGAUAAUCUUGGUGAAAAAAUCAAAGAUCCUUUGAAGAAUAUUAAUCCUUUGUUGUUGGACAGCAGUGUGAGGUUGGUGUGCUGUUAUUAAGGACAGUUCAUUAUGAUUAAGGAGUGAUACAUAUUGUAGUGUAUAUUUUUCACCCUGUGAUGAAAUUUUGUCUUUAUACUUACAUUUUCAGUGUUCAAGAUAAAAUCCGAAUAAUUCUUUUAUAUAUCAUUGCAAAAGAUGGUAUGUACCUGUAUUUGGUUACUAUUGCAAUCAAGUUACUGUAUAUUGUAAUAUACUGCGGAUUCAGGUAGACCGUUUAAUGCGAAUAGUUGUCGCGUUAUAUAUCGAUCAAUUCGAAACUUCACCAUCACCCCCCCGGGCAUACCCCGGGAAUUUGACUUCAAGUCUUCUCCAGGGAGUAGGGAAUUUGACGUUCUAGGUCUUCCAUGUGGUGGGGCAUUUGAUAACGGGGUGGGGAAUUUGAACCGGAAGUCUUAAAAUUUUGCCCGUUUUCGCGUGCUUCCUGCAUGCACAGAAAAUACUUCGCAUUGGCGGCAAAUACAGUUUUCUCAGAUUUCGAGGGAAACGGCGUCAAUUUUAGGAAAAACUGGCUCAAAGAAACGGGCAUGGAAAAUCUAUGUGCUUCAUUUGAAGAUAUGUACUACAUAAUUGUGUAAAACUGUUAAAUUUCCACAAAGUAUCCAAACUUUUUAUGUGAAUUUCGCUAUCUUGUCGAAAAACAUUUCCGUAUAUUUUGUACUUUUCGUGUUUACUGUUUCAUAAUUUUCAUAUGAAGGUGGGGCAUUUGAACGCUUAAUUUCUUGUUACAGUGGGGCAUUUGAAGACAUUUUUUGCACAGGGGGUGGAGAAUUUGAUUAGUCAAAUUUCAAAAAGUUCAAAUUCCCGGGGUCGGCCCGGGGGGGUGAUGGUGAAGUUUCGAAUUGAUCGAUACAUUAGUUUUAACAGUUGUAGAUGACCUUUCUAGGCAGAUUUUCGACGUUUCUAAGGCGUGGCUUCAACGUUUAUUUUUAAAAUUUGAACGUUGUAAUUACAAGGUAAUUGCUAAAUAGUAUACUUCAAAAUAAGGUUUCCGUUUUUAUAACGUAGAAAAAAUAUCCUAACGCAAAACUAAACCCUAACCUAACCCUAACUUAUUUAAAAAAUUGAUAUAAAAACGGAAACCUUAUUUUGAAGUAUACUAUCUGGCAAUUACCUUGUAAUUACGUUCAAAUUUUAAAAAUAAACGUUGAAGCCACGCCUUAGGAACGUCGAAAAUCUGCCUAGAAACGUCAUCGUACAACUGUUAAAACUAACGCGACAACUAUUCGGCAUUAAACGGUCUACCUGAAUCCGCAGUAGUAUCUAUUUGUACAACAGUUCUUGUUUUUUUUUGUGUUGGUGUAGUGUACUCAGGUGAAUAAGAUGCUUGUGAUGUUACUUUGCAUGUAGUUUGCCCAGUGUGGAUAUACACUCAGAGUGACAUCACAAGUUCUUGUUAUGCUCAUUAGCUACAAAUAUAAUAACAAAACAUAGAGGUAUGACUAUUUCUACCCAUAUUUAUGUGAUCACAUAUGCCAGGAUAAAAAUUGUAUUAACAUAUAUUCUUUCAGGUAUCAGUGAAGAAAAUUUACUCAAACUUUGUCAACAUGCUCAGAUACCAAAUCGAGAACAGUAUGUACAACAUUAUAUCAGAUUUACAGUAAGACCAUGGACCAUGGUUGCAUAAAGCAAUAUUUAAUGCAAGAGUUUGUAUAUCAUUUUACUGUAGUUAUUUUAAAUUAAUUGUUUUUAUUAGGCAAAUCAUUACAAACAUGGCCAAUAUUGGAGUGCCAAUCAAGGAAGGGGUAAGUCUGAAUCAAGUUCUUGAAAUCGUCUCAAUUAUCCAUUCCAAAGUUGAUGAGAGGACUGGGGACGAGUAUUAAAAAGUGUCCAAAUUAAGAAAUGAACCAAAUCACUAAAAAGACCACCUCAAAAUUAGUAAGUAUACAAAGUUUGGAGACGUUUACAUGAAUACCCUUCGAAUAAUAAGCUUUUGAAAAUUGUGAAAUUACUGGUUAAAAGAUUGUUUUUGGGACGCGCGUCCCAAAAACAAAAAUUACAAUACAUUUCAUAGUAAAUAUCACGAUUUUUGAAAGCUUAUUAUUCGAAGGGUGUUCAUGUAAACGUCUUCAAACUUUGCAUACUUCCUAAUUUUGAGGUGGUCUUUUUAGUGAUUUGGUUUAUUUCUUAAUUUGGGCACUUUUUAACACUCGUCCCCAGUCCACUCAUCAACUUCGGAAUGGCUAAUUAUAAACAGUUGAGAAGAGUACUUCACAUUUCUUUCACCAAACGCUGUAAUGUUUUCUCAGGAUAUUUUGUUUCCUUCUUGAGUAGUACUUGAUAAUAAGAGAUUGCACUUACAGUACCAUAUUCUCGGGUUUCAUAUGACGUCACAGAAGUGACGGGUGGUCAACAAAACACACUGUAAGCCUUAAUUAUACAAUAAUCCUUUAUAUCAACAGAAUAUGAAAAAGAAAUCAAAACCAGACAGGAGAGAAAGAGAUCCUGCAAAGUACCAACUUUCAAGAUAUGUCCCAUUUGUUCAAGAUUUAAUGGAGGUAACUACUGCACAUAGGGCGAAAAUAUUUUCAUCUAUCUGGGAACCAACUAAAAAUACCUAAAAUUAACCUAUUGAGUGGCAGCACUCUCCACUUGACAAGUAAAAUCGUCUAGCGUUAGACGGAGUAAACUACUAAAUUAGGGCGCAUCAGGGUGCAUUGCCACUUAAAGGGUUAAGAGGAUGCCCAUUGAGUGGCAGCACUCUCCACUUGAUAAGUAAAAUCGUCUGGCAUUAGACAGAGUAAACUACUAAAGUAGGAUGCAUUAUUUUGCUCUCUGCUACUGCGUAUCUUACUGGACCCGUUCAGAGCAUUCCAACGUUCUUGCCCAACAAUAUUGGAUGAAAAUUGUGAAUAAAGUGAAACCAGCUCCAAUACCUUCCUACUACACAUCGUAUGUCCAUGUUCAUCACUUUAAGUAAAUAUAAGUAUAUUAGAAAUUACUUCAAUAUAUACUGUAAUUUGAUGGUUUGUCUUUGCAUUUCUUUUGUCAGGACUCUUUGCAAGAGAAACUGAAUGAGAAGAUGUUUAAUUAUAUCCCAGUGUCGAGAGGGAGUGUUUCAUCUGGUUACAGUAAGUAUCCUUUGAUUAAUGGCUGCGGAUGUUGGUAAGCCUUUAGCCUGCAAGUGGCUCACUUGACAGGAAAGUGAGCUUGGAGAGACGCUACCUGCACAGUUGAAGGGGCUGACUCCAAAUUAAAAUCUCAAAUGUUGAAACAAUGUAAAAAUCCAUGAAUUAAAACUCCAAAACCAUGUGGAGGGAAUGACAGGGGGCAAAUUGCCCCGGGCUUAAUAGGCUUGAGAGCGAGAGCCUAAAAUUGAGUAGGUUCUUCAAAUUGGUCACAGAAUUUUUGACAGUGAGGGCCAUAUGCAGUCUAGCUAAGGUCUAGUUAGGUCUAGCUUAAAAAUAAUGAUGUCAUGGGUCCCCAGGAAAGAUUUUCCCCGGGCCCCGCGAAUUCUUCCGGCAACCCUGAUGAAUGAAGAUGGCUAUCAAGUCCAAUGUACAGUUUAUGGUGGUUGGAUCUGUUUUUAUAAUCACACCAUUUGGAGUUUCAGGUGAAACCAGAGUGUGAGUUGGAACUCUCAUCAACUCUCAAUUGACUGUGGCUUUAGGCUUGGAAAUUGGGUCCAAAAAACUUUGUAAAAAACCAUUGAUUUGAAUCAGGGAUGGAUCCAGCAUGAUCUGGUAUGGGGGGGGGGGGUGUUCUCUACCAGCUCUGGUGCCGAGUUGUGUCGGUCAUGUGUGCCGCCCGCCCAUCAACUUGCUUCACUACUGCAAAGUCUUGCUUGACUACAGUAUUUGAAUUGUAAUUGUUGUUCACAGUUCGCUUAUCAUCAUGUUAUUACUCAAAUUACUGUAUCUCAUUUUGUUUCUAAUAAUUUUUUGAUGCACCCCUCUGGCUAGGGGGGUGCAUCCCCCCUGCACCCCCAAGUAAAUCCAUCCCUGAUUUGAAUAUUGUCAAUAAUUUAUUGUUUUCUCUAUCUUUAUUCAGGCAGUGGUGUCGGACAAAGGUAAAAACAAAAAUUAAAUUACUGUAUAGGCCCAUUUCCACCUUGGAAAAUUUUCCGCAGAAAGAAAAUUUUGUAAAAUGUGAUUGGCUGACACAAAUUUUCCGUCGGAAAAAAAAUUUUAAAGUUGAAAAUAUUUUCAAUUUUUAACAAUGAUAUUUUCGGAAAAUUUUCUGUCCGUGGAAAUUUUUCUUGAGUGGAAAUGGGCCUUAUGACAUUGAAAUUUUGUGAACUUAUAUUAUUCCACAUGUUUAUGGUCCUACACUGUAUACUGGUCCUACAAGUAAUUAAUUGUCUUUUAUUUUGCUAUUUUAGUGCACGUUAUGGUCAAUGGCAUAAGGUUAGCAAAAUAUAUUACACUCAUAAAUUAUGUAAUGGAUUAUUUUAAUUAUAGUGUAGAUUACAGUGUUGGUCAAAAUCUCCAACUUCUUCAAAACCUCUUUUCACAGACAUCAACUAAUGUUUCAAAAAUUCAAGUUUUGCCUUAAACUAUUCCAAAUGUUUUCUGAAUGCCCAGAAACCUUUUCUGUCAUCAAAACAAUGAAAUUAUUAACACGAUACUUUCUGCAGGGUCAUGCAUCAAAUACAAGAAGUUGUCCUCGUUUGAUCGUCUUCAUUAUGGGCGGAGUGACUUAUUCAGAAAUGCGAACUGCUUAUGAGGUUGGUUUCUACUGGGAUUUAUAAAAACGUAUCACUUCAAAACUUAGUGUAAUGUAGAUGAUUGUUUAUGUGUUGGUGUAAUGUACUCAGGUGAAUAUGAUACUUGGGAUGUUACUCUGAGUGUAUAUCCACACCGAGCAAGCUUGAAAAAUAUGCCUGACCACGGUGGGAAUCGAACCUACGACCUUUGGAGUGCUAGCCUUAAUACUCUGCCAACUGAGCUACGCGGUCUGGUCGGUUCGAGUAUGUGAUAUUUCAGAACAGAAUCUAGAUCCUUCGAUAUCAAUGUAGUCUAAUAAUCAUGAUUGUUUAUGUGUUGGUGCAAUGUACUCAGGUGAAUAUGAUGCUUGGGAUGUUACUCUGAGUGUAUAUUCACACCGGGCAAGCUUGAAAAAUAUGCCUGGUGGGAAUCGAACCUACCACGGUGGGAAUUCGUAGGUUCAAAGGUCGAUUCAAAGGUCGUAGGUUCGAUUCGAUCCAAAGGUCGUAGGUUCGAUCCAAAGGUCGUAGGUUCGAUCCAAAGGUCGUAGGUUCGAUCCAAAUGUCGUAGGUUCGAUUCCCACCGUGGUCAGGCAUAUUUUUCAAGCUUGCCCGGUGUGGAUAUACACUCAGAGUAACAUCCCAAGCAUAAUGUAGAUGAUGUCAUUAUAAUGUUCAUUGACACAAGUUCUUGAGUUUCUUCCUAUUAUUCUAACAUUCAUUCCUGUUUAAUAGUUAAUUAUUACGUUUUGCUUGCAUAUGAAUUAGUGAAAACUUGACCACACUCUUUUCCCAGUGAAAGUUUCAAAUGAGGAAGAAGCGUAGUAGACUUAUGUGGAUAUUAUGAUAACGACAAUUUCAGACCUUGAUUACAUUGCAUGUAUUGAAUCCUGUCUUGUGUAUUUUCAGGUCAAAGCUGCAAAUAAAGACUGGGAUAUUAUUAUUGGUAAGUAUUCAUACUAUACAUAUAUAGGAGUAGGUUGAUGCAUUUUUGAAUUUUUAAAAAAGUCACUGUGGUCCCCUGUUGUUUACUCUAGGGUUGCCUCUGUGGUUCCCUCUUUGCAUUAGACCAAAAUUUUUGAAAACAUGUUUUUAUUGGUCAAAAGUUAUUAUUUUGUUGAGAGAAACGGUUUUCGACAAUUUUCAGAAAUUUGGAGUUGGUUGUGGGGGCACUUUUUGAAUUUUUAAAAAAUUUGCUGUCGUCCCCCCUCUUUCCUUUUAUGAUUUUCAACCGAGAAAAACGUGUUAUGAAAAGUUGUGAAAAUUUGUAGUUCAGUUGUAAAAUGUUUUUACUGUAUACGUAAUACCUGCCCGGAAAGGUAACUUUACUGUUGGAUUGGACAGGAUUUACUUGUGUUUUCUGUGGUUUUAAAAAAGUAAUUUUCAUUUUCAUUUUAGGCUCCACUCAUCUCAUCCGACCAGUUGACUUUCUUUCUAUGUUGCAAAAGCUCUCGGCAUAAACCAGCAGAAUGUUAUUUACGUAAUAAUCUUGUACAAUAUAUUGAUCAUUUAACAUUUAAGUUCUUGAAGUACAACAAGGGGAACUGCAUACCGUCCUGUUACAGGGGUAUAUGCGCUAUGAUUUAAAAGUCAAUCGUAGAAAGAAAACAGUAAAAAUUAAAGCAUAAUCCCUUAAUAUUUUUCGCUUUUCUGGCCACUUUCUAUACGUUCGAGAGCUC